AUGAUGGCAUGUUUUCAUUCCACAAAAACAAAAAAAUAUUUACCAAAAGAAUUAUGUGCAAUUGAAAAAAAUUAUGAAAAUGAUCUGUAUCAUUUUGAUCAUGCUGAACAAUUGAUAAGUUGUAAAUUAUUGACAACCAAUCCUUAUCGUCCACAUUUAAGACAGGUUUACCCAACAACAAUCAAUGAACAUUGUCUUACAGACGAUAUGUUAAAUGUUCUCAAAACCUACACAGAUAGUAAAAAUAAUGAAUGUUGUUUAAAAACAAAUUUAAACUUAUUAACAAAUAAUGAUAUCGAUUGGUCUUAUACAAACAAAUUGCAUUCAUUAAUACGUGGUCUACAGCAACACGAUAUAAAACCUAUUUAUUAUCGUGGCUUAUAUUUGAGUGACAUUGAAAUUAAGUACUACCAGGACCGGAUCAAUCAACAUUAUUAUACACAAUCAUUUUCAUCAUUUACAAUCGAUAGAAUACUCGUUUACAGUGGUAAUGCAAUUAUUAUUUUAAGAACAACACCAGAAAAUAAAUCAUCAAUUGCAAAUGUAUGGAAAUGGAGUACAAUACCCGAUGAAAAAGAAGCUAUCCUCUCCAUAGGAUCAAAAUUAAAAAUUUGUAGUGUACACUAUUUUGGGUACAAAUGGGAGAUUGAAGUUGAACUGAUUGAUGAAGAAUUGGAUGACGAUGAUAAAUCACAUAGUGACGACGAUUAUUAA